GGAUCCCCCUCGAAGUCUUUAUCCAUUAUGAAUUGUUUCGUUAAGUUCAUAUUUUUGUUCAUCUCCACUGAUCCCAGUCAACUUGCCCACUACAACAAUUUUUUUUUUUUUUUAAAUCUCAAAACGAAAACCUCUAUGGUGAUUCAAACCGCUGUCAGUCUUUUGCUUCCUUGUGAGCUGCUUGAGUACGUCUUCGGCGAGAGCUUCAAAUCGGUCACCAAGUGA